AUGGUCGGCAUCGGAGGGCGAAGCAAAGGGUGCAAGACCUGUCGCCGGCGAAGAGUGAAAUGCGAUGAAUGCAAGCCUCACUGCCAGCGGUGCCGCAAGGCUAACGUAGAAUGCGAUGGCUACAACCAGUAUGCCGAGUUUGUUGAUGUGACUCCCCAGCUUAUUAGCAAGCUUUCUUCCCAAGAGACCAGAUCCAGCACAGCACUCAGCCCAACUGAGAGUGCAGAGUCCAAUGAUUCUGUCGUGGAGCUGCCAUUCAUGCCAUUGACCGUCAACCCAGCUUUCGACGAGCAGAUUGUCUUCACUUCUCAUCUUAUAAAUAGGCUGUUUUCAUGGGCCAUGGACCCGAAUUCACCCGAGUCAGCUUCCUGGAUUUUUUCUCUUACCUGUCCACCUGAGAACCAAAGAGGUCUCUCUACGUCUUCACUUCGUGCUUUGGCCACCGCUUAUUUUGGGAAAACCCACGGACAUUCUGAUCUCAUAAGGAAGGGCGCAGGAUUUUAUUCUCGAGCACUUACUUCUUUGCGCGGAAAACUGCAAGAUCCUACACUGGUUCUAGGCGACGAGGUGCUGGUCGCCAUUGUCUGCAUGGGGAUUUACGAGCUUGUCACAUUUGACCAGCCACAUGGAUGGCUUCACCAUUACAAGGGUCUGGCCAGACUAACUCAUUUGAGAGGGCCACAUUGUUUCCAAGCGGGCGUCGCGCACACGUUACUACCUACACUUCGAUCUUGCAUUUGCAUUGGAUUCCUUGUUGAACGCAAGCGCUGCUUCCUCGAAGAUCCAGAAUGGAAGACAACACCAUGGGCAAUGACGGGCUUCGAGUCAAAGGAGCCCGUUAGCUAUCUGCACGACCAUCUCAGUGACCUGCCCGGCUUUCUCGAAGAUAUGGAUCGAGUUGUGAACUGGCCUGCAGAUGAACCAGGACUCGACGACUUCAAAGCCGCCUAUGGUGGACGAGUUUAUGCGACCCUCGAGGCGGUCUAUGCCUGGCGCUGGGACUGGGAGCAGAGAUUUCCCCACGCGACAUAUUUAAUUUCGCCCAAAGACCUCGAUCCAGAAGCAACAUUAGGACUGCCACACAGCCCAUUUGAGUCAAUCAUCUGGUUUCCCAACGGGUAUCGUGCUACCGAGUUGAUUACCUACAACUGCAUACGGCUGAUUGCGACGAGGGCGCUCGAAAUAUCGGGGAUCAGUAUAGACAUUCCAUUGACCGAGGCGAACUCAACCGAUCCACUUAUGCCAAUGCAAGGUACUAGACACGAUGUGGCUAUUGAGACGUGCCGGAUGAUGAACUACCAUCUUCAUGUGCUAAGACGGAGUUCAGGUGCAUUCAUGCUCCUAUUCCCGCUGAAUGUAUCAUACCUUCAUCUUGAAGGUGAUUACGAAGGAGCCAAGUCUUGGCUAGAAGGUGUUAUGGCCGUCGUUGCAGAUACGCACGGAUUUGAAAUAGGACGGAAGGAGAAUCUGCCGCGACAGGCUGAAGGGGUAAGAUAUCUUGAAAACACACGUCAUUAG